AUGGAUACUACUGUCGGUCUCGAAGAUCUGGUAGCAUUACUCGGGCUCGAUCUUGUAUUUCAUGGCAUCGAAUGCCAUUAUCCAACCGCCACGCCCAAAGGUACAGGGCCAAGAGUUCAGUAUAGUGAUGAUGCCCCGACAAAAUGGCGAAAAACCGCGCCUUCAUUGGUGUCAGAUUCUCCUAGUGUCGAAAAUCCUCAAGAAGCAAGCAACAAUGGUGAUAUAAUUUUCGAUAGUGGGCUUGUCGUAUCAGACCCAGAGUUCGCAAAUCUUGGAGGGGAAUAUCUUGGCUGGGAUGACCUAGAUAUCGAUUUCGCCGACUUUUCGAAUCAGCAGACGAAUGAUGAGACCGUCCAAUACCCUCCAUUGGGGUCUUCAUCUUUAGUUCGUCACUCGACACCUUCGGCCGAUCAAAUAGUUCAAUUGCAAGAAGCCAUAUAUUCUUCCCAUGUAUCGAUACCGCCACGUCCAACUGACGCUUUCCGAUCACUUAUCCAACGACCAAAAAUGAACACCGGGACGCAAAGAAUCGCCAAUCUCAUGCUCCACACCCUAAAAUCUUAUCCCCUAAUGAUGAUACGCCACAACACCCUUCCACCGUUUAUCCAUCCGCAUUUGAUAUCUUCCAAUGUCGAGAAUAACCACAUGGAGCCACUAACCAACUGCCUUAGUUUAGUGCAUAUGAUCAGUAGCGGGAUCCGAGGGAGUCGAAAGCUAUUCUGGAAAAAUGUGGGGAUGGAAUGCGAACGUUUGCGUGAAGAGCAUCUGAAGUUAAACAAAUGGGAAUUAAUUGCUGCUAUGCUAGCCCUCUCCGUUUACGUUCUCAUAAGGUUGGAUGAAGGCGAGACGGACCACAAUAACCUUGAUUCUCUAUUAGUUGCAACGGUGACCGUAAUAGCUGAUCAACUCAUCUCCAACCUGAGUGACGUCAUUAGCCGUGGUCUACCGAGUAGUGAAUAUGCUGGUCUAUUUCGAGCCGGCGGCGAAGUGUACUCUACAAACGGACCUUAUUAUAGCACCACUGCCGGCGAAGAAACAGCUAUGGGAAGCAGGGGAUGA